UGUUCGAUUAUUUUAAAGCAAGGCGGGCUCCAGUAAACAUCAGAAUGGCGCACUUAGCUAAUCUCUUAAAGCUAGCUGUCUGACCGGCUAGUCUGUUAAUCGCUAUAUAUACAGAAGUUCUCAAAAUAAUAAAGAGGCUUAAAUUAAGUGCAGAAUGGAUUCUGAAACCGGACAAAAUAUAAAAUUUGAUCUCGAUGGAGAUAAAGCUUUAAAAUUUACACCACAAAGAGGCGGAACUUCGCUAGCUUCAAGAAAAAGGACGCUUCAGUCAGGAUGUAAGAAAGUCUACUCCAGUUUUAAAUCUCCGGUUCAGGUUUCCAGCACGCUGAAUAACGGGGUGUGUAUGGAGGAGGAGAUCAGAGAACUACAGAACACACUGAUGCAGCUGGACUCCGACAUCAAACUACUGGAAAAUGAAGGCGUGUGUGUACACGAGCUGGAUCUCCACAUUAACCUGCUCCACGAAUAUAACGACAUCAAGGACAUCGCUCAGACUCUUCUAGGCAGACUGGCCGGCCUGCGCAGCGUCACCACACGCGACUUGUAUGCCCGGUUCAGCAUGGAGCUGGACGACUGAUUGGCUGAGCUGUGUGCUGUGGGAGGACAGACCACGGUGUUCCCACUGACUGCUGACUCUGGAGUUGAAUUGCUUCAUUCUCACAUCCCCAGGCUCACUCAGUGAGUUAUGAGCGGAGUCACUAAUACACCCAGGAGUGCAAAAAUCUGUUCAUCGGCAGAGGAGCGUCCGCUGUGCGAGUCUCCGUCAAACGGCUGUUGCUAUGGAAACCAUAACCUAUUAAUAUAACCCUGUGUUACUGCUGUUCUAGAGAAUGAAUCAACCCCUGAUUGUUCAGUUUUGUUCAUCUCUCCACAGCGCGUGUGAAUGAGAGAGCAUCUGUAAAAGUCUCUGUUUAAACUGUUAGAGUUUAUAUAUAAAAUGUAGACGGAUGUAAAGUUCCAGUGUUUGUCUUGUUUUGAAAUAAACAAACACUAGACCUUUUGUUCACUUCAGUUUGACCAAAAGUAAUAAAACCUCUCUGAACAUGUGGGCUGUAGGUGAUAAAUGAUGGGUGGAGAGGUGAAAUACGUGGCACGAGCAGUGGAAAACACUGAUAAUGUCUUAUAGCGCUGAUAGCAGCCUGCAGUAAUCUCUCAUCCUUAUCUAGAAACGCUUUUAAAUAAAAGACUAUUCACGCUCA